UAAUUAAAUCACUUGUAAUUAAGGAAGAGAAAAGACAAUGUUUUCACGUGUUUACAAUUAUAAAUUGUUGAAACCGAUAAAAAUAUGAGAAUGGGAUAGAUACCGAUGUCAAUAUUUCGGAAAGUAACCAAAAGACUGAUAAAUAUGCAGAAAAGACGAACAUUAGCAUGGGUGUUGUUGUUCUUCGCAAUCAUAGGUUUCAUAUUGUUAGCGUAUCGAGGUUUGAAUAUUGGUGCGACUUUAAAUAAAUUUGACCGGAAACCAAAAGAUCGAGCACAGGUUGUUAAACAUUAUAACAACGGGUAUGAAGUAAAAACAUACAGCAACGGAAAAAGCUUCAAACAAUAUGGCAAUGGAGACAGCGUCAAAUUUUACAGCGCCGGAGACAGAGGGAAACAAUACGGCACUGGAGAAAGUGUCAAACAAUACGGCAACCGGUAGAGAGCGCAAGCGAUAUGGC